UACGGUCCUAUCUCAAUUCGGUGACGUCACUUAUGUACACCGAAAUCACUAGACAUUGACCGCCAAAAUGACUGGCAAAUUCGAUUGAUCAGCCGGCUGGCAGAAGUAGAAACCAGUUGCUUCACGCAAGUCAUUGGGAACGUAUCUUUGUGCCUUUGUGGACACUAGCACGUGUUGUCCAGUUUGAUUAAUAAGCAUCGCAUUGAAUUUGCGAAUUAGGCAGAAUACUUCAAGAUGAAGCUUUGCUGGCUUUUGCUUCUGAGUAGUUUAUGCAUUAUUUCCGUCCAAAAUGUGCAAUCAGCAAAAAUUCUUGGUGUAUUUCCAACGUCUUCAAAAUCACAUUAUAUAGUAGGAUCAGCUUUGAUGAAGGCAUUGGCUAGAAAAGGCCACGAGGUCACUGUGAUAAGCCCAUUCCCACAACAGAAGCCCAUGAAAAAUUAUCGUGAUAUCACAACGACAAAAGUAUGGAAAGCUGUGGAACCAAUCGUUACAAAUCUGUUGGAUAUAGCCAAAAAGAAUCCAAUAGAAAGCAUCCAGAGUACUUAUGAUUUUGGACACCGCAUUACUAACAGUACUCUGACCGAUCCCCCAGUUGUAGAUCUAAUUGCCUCAAACGAAACAUUUGAUUUGAUAGUGCUGGAGAUAUUCAUGAAUGAUGCAAUGAUAGGUUUUUGCCACCAUUUCAAAGCACCUUGUAUCGGAAUGUCCACAUUUGGAGCAUCGAAAUGGACAGCAGAUUUAGUUGGUACUCCAUCACCGCCGUCGUACGUUCCGAAUGCAUUCCUCGGAUUCUCAGAUCGCAUGUCCUUCAAAGAACGACUUUUCAACACUUUGAUGAGCGCAAUGGAAAUUCUCGUCGACGCCACUAUAGACUACCCUGUGCAAAACAAAAUUUACCAGGAUGCUUUUCCAGGACCAAAACCUCCUCUUGCAGAGCUGAAGAAGAAGGCAAUAUCUCUAGUGCUGCUGAACAAUCAUUUUUCUCUGAAUUACCCUAGGCCGUAUGUAACUGGAAUGAUCGAAGUCGGAGGAAUGCAUAUCAAUCGGGUUCCGAAACCGCUACCAGACAACAUUCAAAGUUUUAUGGAUAAUGCAACCGAUGGUGUAAUCUACUUUUCAAUGGGUUCAAACAUCAAAAGCAAAGAUUUGCCGAUAGAAAAGCGUGACGCAUUUUUGAAGGUGUUCUCCAAAUUGAAGCAGAAGGUUCUAUGGAAGUGGGAAGAUGACAACCUGCCAGGAAAACCAGAUAACGUAUUUGUUCAAAGUUGGUGGCCUCAAGAUGACAUACUGGCACAUCCGAAUGUAAAACUUUUCAUCACACAUGGUGGUCUUCUGAGUACUACGGAAUCUCUGUACCAUGGAGUGCCAGUUAUUGGUAUACCCGUAUUCGGGGAUCAAUACUUGAACAUGGCCAAGGCGGAGCGUGGCGGAUACGGACUUUCGGUAGCAUAUGCAGAGAUAUCCGAGACCAAACUUUCCAACGCCAUCGAAGCGAUCUUGAACGACCCGCAAUUUAAAGUUAAUGCUCUAGCAAUUUCCCAAAGAUAUCGCGAUCAGCCGUUGACCCCUCUGGAGCUGGCCACAUUCUGGGUAGAAUAUGUUAUUCGACAAAAGGGAGCCCCCCACAUUCGCACUGCCGCGAUGGAUCUUAGCUUUGUACAGUAUCACAAUCUUGAUGUACUGGGAUUAUUGAUAGGAUUACCAAUAGUUAUUCUACACUUACUGGUUAGACGAGUUUGCCGCAAGAAAUCUUCGAAACCGUCGAACAAAAAUAACGAAAGAAAAAAGCGAAAUUAAGUUUAGUUAAGUAUGAAGUAUCAUGUACCAUUGUUUGACAAUCAAACAAUAAAUUUUCAUGACUAAAUAAAACCCACAACUUUUUUCGAUUUA